AUGGGCCCCUAUAUACCGCCUCCUCAUGCUGCUGCCAGGCCCCUAAUCUGCCAUGGGCCCUAUACCGCCUCCUCAUGCUGCUGCCAGGCCUGUAAUCUGCCAUGGGCCCCCGUACCGCCUGGUCACGCUGCUGCUGGGUCCACAGUGUGACAUGGGUCCCUGUACCGCCUCCCAUUGCUCCCACUCUGCCAUGUGCCACUUUCAGGUCUCCUCACACUCCUGCUGGUUUCCAUUUUGUCAUAGGUUGCUGGCAGAUUACAGGCCUCCCAUAGGUGCUGCCAGGCCCCAAAUCUGCCAUGGGCCCCCGUACCGCCUCGUCACGCUGCUGCUGGGUCCACAGUGUGACAUGGGUCCUUGUACCGCCUCCCAUUGCUCCCACUCUGCCAUGUGCCACUUUCAGGUCUCCUCACACUCCUGCUGGUUUCCAUUUUGUCAUAGGUUGCUGUAUGGCCUCCCAUUGCUGCUGCCUCCACCGCCA